UUAUAAAAAUGUCCAACAAUCUUCAUAUCUCUUCACAUAAAUUAGAUUUUUACUUAAUCCAUUGAACUUACAAAAAAAUCUAUUCAUAUAUCCAAUUUCAUAUUUAACCUAUUAUUAGGUUUAUAAUAAGAGAAAUUUGACCCUAUAACCAUUAAAAAACUAAAAUUAAAAAACUAACAAUUCUUCCCAUCUAUAUCUUCCUUUUUGUUUAUAUAGCACUCUAACCCAUGAUUAGUUUCCUAAUUUUAAUAUAUAUUUUUUUGUUAUUUCCCUAAUUCUCCCUUAUGAUAAUUGGUUCUAAUUAACAGCUUAAUUAUUAUAAUAUUCAAAAUAAACAAACAUAAAAAUUGUUAACCAAAUAGAUUUUUAUGAAAAUUAAUUUAUAGUGAAAUAAUCAUAUAAUUUUUUAAAGAAAUAGACAAAAAAACAAACUGAUAGUAAACAAAAUAUUUUUUAGCUCAUCCAUAACUCGGGUUAAACUUCGUGUACUACAGGUUUCUAAUAAUCAUUGUGUACUACAGCUUAGUGCCAUUUGUACUGCAUAAAGGACCCAUGUACAAACAUAUAAACCAGACCAGCCCCGACGACAUUAGAAAAAAAACCCAAGCCUUUGACUAUUUGACAACCUCAUAUACUCUCUGCAUCCUUACGAAGAAGAGGAAUCAGCUUUCGGGUGUAUCUUUGGCGGUGAUGGCGAUGAAGCUGAGACAGUCGCAGCGAUCUCAGGCGAAGAAAUGGUCGACGUUAAUGCUGGUUCUGUUGAUGCUUUUCAUGCUAACGAUCGUUCUCUUGAUGCUUCUGUCUUUUGGGGUUUUCUCUCUUCCGAUUGAUACCUUCGACGAAUAUUCUCCGACCGAUCUCUCUUCUUUCCGACGAGCUGCAACCGAGAGAAGCGAGGGAAUAGGGAAGAGAGGAGAUCAAUGGACUGAGAUUCUUUCUUGGGAGCCCAGAGCUUUCCUCUACCACGGUUUCUUGUCGAAGGAAGAAUGUGAAUAUUUAAUCAGUCUUGCGAAACCAUAUAUGGUGAAGUCAACUGUUGUUGAUAGCCAAACCGGCAAAAGCAAAGACAGCAGGGUGAGAACAAGCUCAGGGACUUUCCUCAGGAGAGGAAGGGACCAAGUCAUUAAGACCAUUGAGAAAAGAAUUGCUGAUUACACCUUUAUUCCUGCAGAUCAUGGAGAAGGACUUCAGGUUCUUCAUUACGAAGAAGGGCAAAAGUAUGAACCACACUAUGAUUACUUUGUUGACGAGUUCAAUACCAAGAAUGGAGGUCAACGGAUGGCUACAAUGCUCAUGUAUCUGUCGGAUGUUGAAGAAGGCGGUGAAACGGUGUUUCCUGCUGCCAAUAUGAAUUUUAGUUCUGUGCCAUGGUAUAAUGAGCUCUCUGAGUGUGGGAAAAAGGGACUUUCCGUGAAGCCGAGAAUGGGUGAUGCAUUGCUCUUCUGGAGCAUGAGGCCUGAUGCUACACUUGAUCCCUCAAGCUUGCAUGGUGGAUGUCCUGUGAUUAAAGGGAACAAAUGGUCAUCUACCAAAUGGAUGCAUGUCGGCGAGUACAAAAUCUAGCGUCUUUGAUUGCUGGACAAUAUACUGUUUCAUAGAUGGUGGAUAAAAUGAAACUUCGGAACCAAAAAAUGCAGAGAGAUGAUGUUUGUUUUUUUUGUCCCUGCGGCUCAGUAUAUUUGUCAGCACCAUUUUUUUUUGUUUUGAUGUGAUUCAGAGGGUUAUACAUACCAGUAGAGAAUACCAAAAGAUAUGCAACUUGUUAGACUAAAUUAGAAUGGCUUAGAGAGACUGAUGCUCAUUGGUAUACUAGCCAUCAGCUUGUCUCUGUCAUUGAAUAUACGUUGUGAAUUAGUUUAUGACAUUAUCAUAUACAAACUGUUGUUAUCUUUA